GAAGACACCAGGGAAGGUGUUGUGCUUGUAACACCCUUAGAAAUAGCUUCAAAAUGUGCUUGAGCGGCCAACAUCCUGACAGGAAGGCAUAACAUUUUCACCUGAACGGCAUCAGUUCUGUGGCAGUAGCACUGACUUCCUGUUAAUACUGACAACGAAAAUGAUCAUUUCUGCUUAAUUGUUACUGAAACUGAGCUUUUAAGAAACCAACUGAUUUGCUGCAGGGUAUUUCAACGUCAGUGGGUGCAAACUGCUUGGUACUGACCCCGUGUGUAUAUUGGGUACGACCUUGGGGAAGGAAUGAGAAGGCUCAAGAAACACAAAGGUCCAGAGUGUUUGCUCCCUGCUGUUCUGCUUCCCUCACUUAGCCUUCUGAAACUGGGUGAAGUAGCAAUAAUUGUUUUUGUGGUGCUCAAUUUUCCCUGUAAAAUUUCUGAAAGUACAAAGGAAACUUCCCAAUGCAUCACUUGCCCAGUCACUUCACCACCGACCCCUGUUACAGAAAAUUCACCCCUCCUCGCAAUUAUCUCCGACCUGUGUGUCACCGAAGAUAGAGAUUGUGAGCUAUGCCCUUUGAACUGGAUGGCGCAUAAGGGAAAGUGCUAUUACUUCUCAGACAACAGGGAUAGCUGGGCAACAAGCGCGGACAAAUGUAAGAAGAUGAAGGCUGAUAUCAUUUCAAUGGAGGAUCCUGAAGAAGAAGAAUUCAUUUCUGCGCAAGUCAGCAUGAAGGGUGGUCACUUCUGGAUUGGUCUGAUCAAGAGGGAUUCCACCUGGUAUUGGAAAACUGAUGACAAGUUUGAAAAAACAAUACAAGUACCAAAAGGAUCAAGAGAACAGAACUGCACAACCUUUGGCAAAGAAAAAUCUGCUGAAAGUUGCUCCAACCCCAACAAAUGGAUAUGUGAGAAGAAUGCAUCGGUGUAUUCAGCAUUGCGUCCCUUUUAGCUGCCUUGCAUUCAGCUUCCUGAACUGCUUUGAGAUUUGUUUAUAAGUUGCUUCA